AUGGCCAAGGGUCGAAAUGCACAGAUUGUCAUCCAGAACAUGGAGUUGUUGAAGUACAAAGAGAGCCUGCAUGCCAAGGAGAACAAAAAGAAGGAUGACCGCACUGUGCUUUUCCCAGGCGGGCACGGGAGACAUCUGACAGAGCCUGAAUUCACAGAGCAGCUGAGCGAGCAGAGUGAGAGGAAGGAGGCAGAGGCAGUAGAGAAGAAUAAGCGAAAGGACGAGCGAGCUACUCAGAAAAAGGUGAAGGCCGACGCAGAGGAGGAAUGGAAAGUGAUCCAGGCCGAACAUCAGAAGGCAAUGGAUGACUGGAAGGCAGAGUGCGAGAGGUUGCAGUCGGAGAACGUGCGUGUCAAGGACUUGCCACCAAGGCCCAAGUGUCCUCUGAAGCCCAAACGGAUGCCAGAAGGUGUCGUCGCUGUUGCAGAAGCAAAAGAAUAUGCUGAGGCAGCGUCCGAAGACAAUGCCUCGGACACCGACUAG